ACACAUUAACACACAACUAAACAAAACAAAACAAAAUUGUGAAAACAAAUGACCCCUCCUCAACAGAAGUAUGAAGUAUUGCACACAAAAAUCACUCUUAUAUGAGAACAAAUAUUACACUCUCACGGACUAAAGAUUAAGCAAAGAUAUGGCAGCUUCAUCACUCUCAAUGAGCUGGCCUGCAAUUAGGCCUAAACAGAUUAUGAGCACAUCUUUCACCAAUUCUACUAUUCUAUUACCAUCGUUCAAUAACAUAAGAUCAAGCUUAAAGGAUUCCUCCUCUCUAGCAAAUAGCUGUUCUGAAAGAAGAUCACUACUGAUGGCAGCUGGCAUGCUAGCUCUAACCUUGAUUCCUCCAAGUUCUGCACUAAGUAAAGAAGCCUCAGAAAAGUAUACAGCAUUUGUUGACAAAGAAGAUGGUUAUUCUUACGUUUAUCCAUCAGAUUGGAGGGAAUUUGACUUCAGGGCACAUGAUUCCGCAUUCAAGGACCGAUACUUGCAACUUCAGAAUGUGAGGUUGAGCUUCAUACCUACUGACAAGAGCGACGUCCAUGAUCUCGGCCCUAUGGUUGAUCAGGUUGUUCAAAAAUUAGUGGACAAUAUACUUGCUUCUCCAAACCAAGUGACUUACAUAAAAGAAAUACAGGAGCGCUCAGUAGAUGGAAAGAAUUACUAUACUUUCGAGUACCAGCUUACUUCUCAGAAUUUCUCUGUGGUCCAUUUCACAACCAUUGCCAUUGCAAAUGGGAGAUACUACACAUUAACGGUUGGAGCGAACGAGAGAAGAUGGAGAAGAGUCCGAAACAAGCUUAAAGUUGUGGCCGAUUCCUUCAAGGUGUUUGAUAUCUAGUAUAAUUCAUAUCAGACUUGAGUAAAGAUGUUGAGACAGAAAUUUGUUAUAUUUUUUUACUACGAUCAGGAAGAGAUUAUGAUAUUGAAUCAACUAUACAUUAUGCAGCAACAAAAGCAUUGUACAAGUUACCAGUCCGAUCAAUCAAAUUCAGAAAAUGUCUUCUGACUGUUACUAUUAA